AUGGUGGGACAUUUUUGGGUACGUGUGGUACGUCAUUUUUGCAUUGACUCGACGGUGGCAGCACUUUCGUGGUCAGAGCGAGCCAUUUGUGUUGGAAACGUGUUAGAACUCGCGUAUCAUUGCUCGUUUGAAGGUGCUAUUGUGGAAGUUAUUCCGCUCGUACUGUCUGAGUUAAUGACUUUAUCACUCGUGCAAUGGGCGUUUGACGUAAAGCAUUCCGAGCAAGAUUUAAUUAUGAACAACGAAGAUUAUGACAUGGAUGAUGAUGGAAACGUGCCGAGUGUUUUAUUAUCCGUUCAAGACUUUGCAUUGGAAGAAGAAGUGCAGCGCGGCGUGGAAGGACUCGGCGUCGCUGAGCCUAGUGUCCGUGCGCAGUGGCAAAAGCUUUGCCAUUCAAAUUUUGCUCCGCUGUGUAUCGAUGUGCUGCUGCGUGUGAACAACGGGACACCGGAGCUUGUGUUGUCCGGCAAGAGUCCUGUUUACCAGCUUUGCGACGUUCUUGCUACUUUGAUUUUGUCAACAGGGCGGUCUCACGUCCUUACUGUAGCGGCUAACUUUACGAAUCCUCCUCCGGCUUUGCUUGCGUUGCUGAGUGCGAUGACGGUCGAGCAGAGUCCGUGGAGGUCCACCGUUCUCUCAAGCAUUACAAAUCUAGUCGAUAGCAUGUGGCAGAGGAUAAGGUCAGCGAUCAAAAGCAGCACUUCCCAGCACCUGGCGCCGCUUUUCGGAGAGUGCUCGCUUGAUACAACGACGGUGCCAUUGCAGAUGCUCCUUAUUUUUAACGUCGUCUAUUCUCACAUGCUUUUGGGACUUGACGAUGAAGCAUUUUACGAUGGGCAAUGGCCACUUCGUUUGUGUGAAGUCAAAGCCUUGGUGACAUUUUUGAAACAAUUUGUUUACGAAUCGUGUUGGAUAGUUGAUGGCAACACUGCACUACCGACUGGCACCAUGGACGAAAGAGACCUCGUGAGAUUCGCUGUGGUUGUGAAAUCCGUUAAGCUGUUCAGCCAGCUCUAUGAUCGGGAUUGUCGGCGUCGUUUCAUGCCUGAUGACGCUUGGUCGUGGCCUUUAUUGCCUACGAUCAGGGAAAUUGUGGACCUUGAACUGAUGAAUGAGGACGGUCCUCACGGUGCGGACGCGAUCUACAUGCUGAUGAAUGGGAAAGCGUCUUCUCCGUACGCGCGUGCAGCGCUGAUCCUUGUCACGAUUCCGCAAGUUUUGUCUUUCAAUGAACGUGUCCAGCUUUUUCAAAAGUUGCUGGACGAUGCGAAGGCGCAAGCAGGCAACACGCGCGACGAAUUUUCACGGGCUUUGCAGGUUCGGAUUCAACGCUAUGAGAUUUUGCGCGACGGUUAUGAUUUCUUUCGAAAAGUGUGCGACGUUAUGUCUCCUGCAGCCCUCAAGUCGCGCAUCAAGGUCACAUUUAUCAACGAGCAAGGGCUCGAGGAGGCAGAUAUUGAUGGUGGUGGUGUGUUCAAGGAAUUCAUGGACAAUUUAACGAAGAAUGCUUUCUCACCAGAGUUCGGCUUUUUUCUAGAAACGGAUGAUCAUCUCCUUUAUCCUAACUCAAGUGCGAAGUUCAUUGUGGACACGCACAAAGAAGCGUUAGAACGCUACCGAUUUCUGGGGCGACUCUUGGCGAAAGCUGUAUUUGAAAACAUUCUCGUAGAGCCACAGUUUGCUGCAUGUUUUAUCAACAAACUCUUGGGCAAGUUCAACUACAUUGACGACUCGCAUUCAUUGGACCCCGAGCUAUACACAUCACUUAUGCGCCUGAAGCACUACGACGGCAAUGUGGAGGAUCUAGCGCUGACAUUCAGCGUGAGCGAGGUGCAGUUAGAUAAAGUAGUGACACGAAAUCUCUUGCCGGACGGCUCGAAGGUCCCUGUUACGAACGAAAAUCGGAUUCGAUAUAUCCACUUGAUGGCGAACGAUAAGCUGAAUGUGUUGACAUCCAUUGAAUGUGCUGCAUUCCUAAUGGGUUUUCGUGACUUGAUUCCGGAGUCAUGGAUUCAAAUGUUUGCUCCAGCCGAGGUGCAGAUGCUUAUUGGUGGCACUGCCACGAACAUCGACGUUGAUGACUGGGAGCGGCAUACUCAAUACGGAGGUGGCUAUCACCCGUCCCAAAAAGUUAUCCAAUGGUUCUGGGAAAUUGUGAAGGAGGAUUUUACGCAUGAAGACCGUGCAGCGCUACUCAAGUUUAUCACGAGUUGUUCCCGUCAACCUCUGCUUGGCUUUUCAAAAUUGGUUCCUCAGAUCGGUAUCCACCAAGUGCGCGUAGAAGACGACGAGCGACUGCCAUCGAGUGCAACGUACAUGAAUCUACUUAAGCUACCAGCUUAUUCCAAUAAGAAGUCGAUGCGCAAGAAGCUGGUGUAUGCUAUUCGAUCAAAUGCAGGCUUCGACCUCUCUUAA